AUCUCAUACCAAGCUACUGGAUCGCAAACUCAUUCUCUGUCGAUAAAUACCCAUUGUCUUUGAUUACGAAGUUGUUCCACAACAGUCAAGUUUCCGAAAUGAAGAAUAACCAAGGAAGAUGGAGCAGGUACUUUGUGACUUGCAAGCCUUACCUUGCAAUGAUCUCGCUCCAAUUUGGCUAUGCAGGCAUGAACAUCCUCACCAAAUUCUCCCUCAACCAUGGCAUGAGCCACUAUGUCCUGGUGGUCUAUCGACACGCCUUUGCCACUCUCUCCAUUGCCCCGUUCGCCCUCAUUCUUGAGAGGAAUUCACGUCCGAGGAUGACUUGGCCAAUCUUUAUGCAAAUAUUUGCGCUUGGACUGCUCGGGCCGGUCAUCGACCAGAACUUCUACUAUGCUGGCUUGAAGUUCACCUCACCAACCUUCUCUUGCGCAAUGAGCAACAUGUUACCUGCCAUGACAUUUGUGUUGGCCAUCAUAUUCAGGAUGGAGAGGCUUGACCUGAAACAAGUGAGGAGCCAAGCCAAGUUGAUUGGAACUCUGGUGACAGUAGCUGGAGCCAUGCUGAUGACCCUCUACAAAGGACCUAUCAUGCACAUGGUCUGGACCAAGUACAUGCCCAUUCAUCCCAGCGAAUCUGACUCAGCCACCGAUGAUUCGUCUGGCAAGAACUGGUUCAUGGGCUGCAUCUUCCUCAUCAUUGCAACUCUUGCGUGGGCAUCUUUCUUUGUCCUUCAGACUGCAGCAUUGGAGAGAUACAGAGCCCACUUCUCGCUCACCACAUUGAUAUGCCUUAUUGGCACUCUCCAAGCCAUUGUUGUCACCUUUGUUAUGGAGCACAAGUUUUCUGUGUGGAGCAUCGGGUUCGACAUGAACCUCCUUGCUGCUGCCUAUGCUGGUAUAGUGACAUCCGGUAUUGCCUACCACGUACAAGGUUUGGUGAUUCAAGACAAAGGACCAGUCUUCGCAUCUGCCUUCAGCCCUUUGAUGAUGAUUAUAGUGGCCAUAAUGGGCUCUUUCAUUCUUGCAGAGAAAAUAUAUUUGGGAGGUGUGAUUGGUGCAGUCCUUAUUGUUGCUGGCCUGUACUCGGUUCUCUGGGGAAAGCACAAGGAAGACAAGGAGAAGAAGCAGAUGGAGGCCAUGGAAAUUCCAAUGGCCAUGAAGGAAGCUCAAGGAGUCAUGGAACCAGAUGAUGUAGUGGAGAAGGCCACAGCAAAAGAAGAACAUGACAUGAUCUGCUGAGGAUGAGGCUGCUGUAGAAGUUAGUGUUCAGAUCAUAGUAAAUCAGUGAAGGUGAGAAAGGGAUUUCGAGUAUCUCAUUGUCGAAUAUAUCGAUA